UUAUUCGGAAGGUAGAGGAGGAUGUUGAAAUGCGCUGUAGCUUGUGUAAACAAAUAAUAGAUUUAAUGAAAGUGUAAAAAAGUCAAUAAUACACUUUAUAUAUCAAUUUAUACGGAAAUUAUGUGAAGUUUUCUUACCUCUGAAGCAAAUUAAUCAUUCUUCGAGAUUAAUAAUUCAUCAUUUGCAUUAUAGUGUAUAUUUCUUAGGUAUUGUGCUUGAAUAUGUGAAUGUGUAUGUGUGUAGCUACCAAAAAUUUGAUUUUAGUUGAAAUAAGCCUGCCUAACAAUGACAUCUUUAUUACAAGAUCACUCAAAACUUAUUCAGAGGCUUGCACUGCUUGCAUAUGUUCACAGAGGAGAGGAGUCAAAAGAUGUCUAUUCAGCUGUAAUUCUUGGAAAAAUUUUAAAAGAGUUUUAUGAUGACUGCGUGCAACAAGAUGAUACAAGCAAAUUAAGAGAAGAAACAAUUCUAGCCAUUGCUCAGUAUGUUAAAGAUCAUCCAAGAGCUUCUGAGAGAGAGCUACAAAAAGAGAUUGAAAGACAGAUAGCCUUAUUUGUAGAAAAAAUAAGAUAAAAGUUUGCUAUAUUUUGCCAAACUAUUAUUUAUUUGACUUAUAAUGGGCUAUAGAUUUUUAUAUAAAGCAUUUUAUAUUUUUUCAAACUAUAAAUUUAUCUGAUUUGUAAUGUAUAUAUUAUUAUAGACUUUUAUUUGUUGUCCAUAAAUAAAAAAAUACUCCAAAUCUUCUUACAGUAUUUUACAAGAACUUCUUUGAAUGGGAAAUAUCUAGAAAUAAAAUUGUUAGUUAAUUUAUUUAAUAAUCUUGAAUUCCUGUUAAAUUUUUUCCCUCUUGCCUAAGGCCAGUAGAAAUUAAUUAUAGUCAUACUUAUUAGUUAAAGAUAGUAUGAGUAAUAAUGAAGUUUCCCAAUUUAAGUCUUCUGAAUUAGAGAUGGAGAAGUUGUACCAUUUUGUUUCUUUCUCUCAAAUGUAAAAUUUGCUUUUUAUUUCAUAAUACUGAAUUCAAAAUAUUUAAGAUAGUUUUUUUAAAAAAAUUGUGCAAUUUAUCAUGCUGUAAUUUAAAAUUACACUUAAAAAAAAGCAUUUAUGCAUAUUAACAUCUAUUUAAAAUGUUGACCUUUUUCAAAUGAAUGCUUAUCCAACCAGAGCUCUGAAUUUCCUGAAAUGACAAAAGUGAUAAAUGAAUGCGUGAAAAAAUUUCAUUAUGGAAAUACUGCUGUACUAAGAGCUGAUCUAAGAUAGUAAUAAAAUUCUUCCUUAUUUUAGCAUUUUCACUGUGAAAACUUUUUGAGAGCACUUAGUUUAAUGCUAAAGAACCUGAUUAUUUAAUAAGUGAAAUUCUUUGAAAUUAGCAUUCUAGUUCUGUUUUAUGAAAAAAAAAAAAAAAAAAAAAAAUUUCCCCCAACUGUGGAAAAUAUACUUUUGAAAACCCGUGUCUCCAACAACAUGUUCAUUGGAUACAAUUUAUAAUUGUAAAUUAAAAUUGUCACAUAUGCAAUUAUUUUAUCUGUCUGUGUUCAGUUUUAUUAGGCUAGAAUAUCUGAUUAUGAAAAAAAUUCCUUAUGUGAUUUCCUGAUUUUCAUACGUGUGUAUAUUUUGAUAUAUUUUGCAAUAAUGUACUUUAAGCUCAGAGAUUUCUUAUAACAUGGAGCUAAAAAAUGAUGAAUUUACCAUGAUUAUUACUUAAGUAAAUAAGGAAUUAAGGUCAUUCCAUAAAUUUAUGUUAUCUGAAUUAUCUGCUGUGACAUUUCAUAUAAUCAGUUAAACAAAUUUCUAAUCUCUCUUUUUUUUCUUUUUAAUGUAUUUAAAUAUUAUGCACUCAAAAUCUGAAUAUUAUAUUUUUUAAAAAUAAUAUACAAUUUUUUCUGUCCUUCACAAAGGUGUCAUUUUAUUCAUUAACAAAAUUGUGCUAGUCUUUUGUAAGUCACUGUAAAUUAAAUAAAAAAAUCUUCAAACCUUCA